AUGUGGACCCUAGCUCUUAUUCUUUGUUUGGGAAAUAUUUUCAUCGCAGGCGAAGCUUCUGAUCAGCAUUCAGAGCCAUCCCCUGUAAUCCCACUCUCAGAAACGGCCUCCCCUGCUCUUUUAAUACUGGAAAAACAGAAAUCCAACAGCUCAAUUCAUCCACCCCAAGUAGCAGGACCAAAAACACAGCACCCUCCUAUGUGCCUGGAGCCGGCUGGAAUCAGAAGCGCCUUCAAAUACAUCAAUACCGUGGUGUCUCUUGUUGUUUUUGUGGUUGGCAUCGUGGGGAAUUCGGCCUUGCUGAGAAUCAUAUACGUAAACAAAUGCAUGAGGAGCGGACCAAAUAUUCUCAUCGCGAGUCUUGCUUUGGGCGAUCUGCUCCACAUUGUGAUAGACAUACCAAUCAAUGCGUACAGGCUCAUGGCAGAAGAUUGGCCUUUUGGGUUGUUAUUGUGCAAGCUCGUCCCCUUCAUACAGAAAACCUCUGUUGGAAUCACAGUUCUGAGCUUAUGUGCUUUAAGUGUUGACAGAUACCGAGCUGUAGUGUCCUGGAAUCGAAUCAAAGGCAUUGGAGUUUCAGUGUGGACGGCAAUCGAAAUAACUCUUAUAUGGGUUAUUUCUAUUCUGCUGGCGGUGCCUGAAGUUGUCGGCUUUGAUAUGAUAACUAUGGAAUAUAAAGACAGGCACCUGAGAAUAUGUCUGCUUCAUCCCAUGCAAACCACACAAUUCAUGCAGUUUUACAAAUCAGCUAAAGACUGGUGGCUCUUUGGCUUCUAUUUCUGCAUGCCCCUGGCUUGGACCGCCAUCUUCUAUGCACUCAUGACCAGGAAAAUGCUGAGAAACACUGAGAAUACUCUCAGCGAUCACACCAAGCAGAGACGAGAAGUUGCGAAAACUGUCUUCUGCCUUGUGAUCGUGUUUGCACUUUGCUGGUUGCCUUUAUACUUAAGCAGGAUACUUAAGUUAACCAUAUAUGAUGAGAGGGAUCCUAAGAGGUGUCAGCUACUGAGUGCCUUUCUUGUCCUGGACUACUUUGGCAUCAAUAUGGCAUCUCUCAACUCGUGCAUCAACCCGAUUGCAUUAUACAUAGUCAGCAAAAGAUUUAAAAGAUGCUUCAAGGCAUGUCUGUGCAGCCCGUGUCUCCCUCUCCAAGCUGUUACCCAUGACGAGGUGCAGUCUGUUUUGAAGUCCAGAAUGCAGGAUCAAGCCUCAGAGCAGAGCUGCAACAUCAAAGCUCCCAAGCAGACUUCCACACCUCCACCUGAGCAGGAGAACACCUUACUGUGUUAG